AUGGCUGACGAGGCAACCCGGCCUCUACUACCAGCCCAGUUCGGCUCCGAGAGAGCAUCCGACGACCAGCCUAGGCCAUCACAUCAAUUAACAACUGACUCAUCACAUUCUUCGCACCCCUUCGAAGAUAAAUUACCGGUCUGUACAACCGAGCAAAAACCAGGUUCUUAUUCGGGCGGGGCCACGAUGGCGGACGUGGCGAACCAGUCCAGCCCUAUCGAACCCCCGGAGAGGCCAUCCGUCGACCAGCCCAGGGAGUCAUACCAAUUAUCAUCAGAGUCGUCGAAUCUUUCGCCCGGUGAAGAUGACAUGACGGUCUAUAGCAACGAGCAAAGAUUAUCGCGAUCUUUCUCAGGCGGGGUUCAGGAUAAUCACAUACUCCAAGCCGUGGCUGCUGACGAGCCUAGCCGACCUCUGCUGGAUGGACAGUCUAGCCCUCCCGAAUGGUUCUCUAAGAGAACAUCCGUCGACUGGCCUAGGCGAUCAUAUGAAUUGUCAUCAGAAUCAACACCUCUAUUACACCGCCGUGAAGAUGGAUUGAUCUACGGGACCGAGCGAGGGUUGUCGCGAUCAUCUUCAUUCUCAUCACGGAACUCGCCUGAGGACCGCGUCAUCAAGAAGCGGAGCCGCGUACCAUGGCCGACGGUCAUCUCUCUAGCUCUUUUAACGCUCAGUGUGUUGGCGAUACUGGUACUUGCCUUUGCUGCUCCGGCGGCAGUCAAAGAGUAUGCGCAACAAGCCGCAGUCUUUAAACCGACGGCAGUAUCAAUCGAUUCUACAACACCCGCUGGUAUUCGAGCCCGGGUUCAGGGCGACUUCGUGAUGGACUCGGGGCGCGUGAAGAAUAAGUCAGUUCGAGGUAUUGGUCGAUUGGCGACAUGGAUUGCCAGGGAAGUUGAGACGGGUCCAUCGAAUGUUGAAGUCUAUCUCCCAGAAUAUGGAAAUAUCCUGGUUGGAAAUGCAGCGCUGCCCUCCAUCAAAGUGAACAUCCGUAACGGCCGUCAUACCAAUGUCGACUUCCUCACUGAUCUAGAAGCUGGUGACAUUCGAGGAAUCCACGCGAUAGCUAUUGAUUGGAUUGAGGGAAGAUUGGGCCGCCUUAGUGUCAAGGGCAAGGCGACAAUGAAUCUCAAGUCGGGGUUGAUUGCUUUGGGGACCCAAGUCUUGACAGACAGUAUUAUCAUUGAAGAACAUGAUUUCCCUGCUCUGCCGACGGUCGAUAUCCUCAAGCUGAAGGUGCAUGAUGCAAACAGUGGUGCAAUGGCAGUAGAUGUCUUAGUUUCAUCUUUGAUUGAUUCUCCCGUCGCUCUGACCAUUCCUGCCCUCGGGUUUGACAUUCUGGUACCCAACUGUUCACCGGGUGAUCCGUAUAUUCUGGUCGCCGAUGCGAGGACAAGCGCGAUAGACAUUCACCCUGGCCAGGUAACCGCAGUCGGCGUUGAGGGUCUCAUUCAAAGGCUACCCGAUGAAUUGACCUCGACCUGUCCAGGACGAGAGGGCUCUCCUUUGGAUUUUUUGGUUUCGAGCUUUAUGCAAGGUCUUGAAACGAUCAUAUACGUUCGUGGAUCUGAUGCACCAUUACCCAAUACCCCGGCAUGGAUUGUCGAUCUGCUGCAUAGCGUAACCGUGCCUCUUCCAUUUACGGGACAUGCGUUGGACAACCUUGUGAAGAACUUCACGAUGUCCGACGCACAUUUCUCCCUGCCUAACCCUUUCGCGGAGCCAGAUUCUCCAGAAUCGCAACCUACAGUGUCUGCUCUAGUGAAGGUUCUCGUUGCUUUGCCGCAGGAGAUGAAUUUCCAGGUAGAUGUCCCGCAAGUUCGUGCCCUUGCAGAUGUCUACUACAAGGAAGAGAAGUUUGGCGUGUUGAACAUCAGCCACUGGCAAGACGCCAACUCUACAAUGGUGGAUGAUCAAGAUGGCUCUUCUGCACUCCUUGUGGAGUUUGAACUAAAGGAUGCACCAUUACAAGUCACAGAUGAUGGACUUUUGGCAGAGGUCAUCCGAGAAAUGCUGUUCGGUAGCGAAACAGUCGUACUGCGGGUUGCUGCCACCGUAGACACAAAGGUCUCAACUGGUUUGGGCCGGUUCACAGUGCGAGGGAUCCCUGCGGAAGGGAAGGUACCAGUGAAGACUUCUAUCGGCAACUCACUUGACCAAAUCAAUCCCCGCAUCGUCUCAUUACAACUAAGAAAUACGACUGAAUCUUCGAUGGUGGUAUCUACGCAGGCGAACUUUACCAAUCCAACGAAUUACUCGGCUACAAUUCCCUUCGUUGACUUUCUCAUACUUUACAAUGGCACUGCUGUGGCUCACAUCACCGCUCAGAAUAUCUAUGUUAGGCCUGGCAACAACAGUUACGUGCCCAUCGACUUCUUCUGGUGCCCGUUAGAUGCAGCUGGAGUGGAUGGCGUUGAGGCAGGGCGCGCGUUGCUUUCAUCCUAUAUCUCAGGCUUAAAUACAACAAUCACUGUCAAAAGCCAUCGAAACACGGUUCCAUCUCUACCAGACCUGGGCGAAGCAUUAGCAGUCCUCAACGUCACCGUUCCUGUCCCUCACAUAUCUAUGCCUGGUUCCCCAGGUAGCGAUGAUGGCGACAAAAAGCCUCAUUUUAUCCAAGAUGCAACCUUCUACCUCUGGUCCUCCACAGCAGAAUUCACCCUCUCCUCACCUCUAACAGAAAACAAUAUCCUGAUCACCUCGAUCGACGCAAUGGCUUUCUAUGAGAAAAAUGAGCCAAUCGGCCGGAUCAAUAACCGUAAUCCCUUUGAAGUACCGCCUGGUAUAUCUACAAGCCCGCGCUUGCCAGUCGAUCUCGACAUGGGCGGGGUUGGGUACGACGCCCUGCGCAAGGCACUCGGCCAGUCGUUGGAGAUGGAUGCUAUCGCUAAGGUUGGAGUGCUGAUUGGGAACUAUAUGGAUGUCAUUUCAUACCAUGGAAAGGGUAUUGCAGCUAAAGUGAGGUUUUAG